UUCAAGCUCAUCAUCUAGAAAUAUGUUUCCAAUAAUCGGUUUCAUGGCGAUUAAAUGGCGAAACAUAUUAAUCAGAUAUAUUCAAAUAAUUUACUUGAUACUUUUUGUGGUUUCUGAUUUGGUACAAGCAAAACCGGGUGGAGGAUCGUCACGAAUUAUGCAAUCUGAAAUCUGCAAUACAGAAGAAUGCAAAUAUAUAGCUGAGGAAAUAUUGCGGAAUCUAAAAUCGGACUCGAAUCCUUGCGACAAUUUUUAUGAGUAUGCUUGUGGGAAUUAUAAACAACGUUUCGAGCAGAGCCAACAACAGGAAUAUAUAAACCAAUUCAAUAUACUUCAGAAUACAAUUAACGAACGGCUUGAAGACAUUAUUUCCCAGAACAUUGUUGCACGCGAUUCGGAAUCAUUGAAAAAAGCAAAGCAAGCUUAUAAAGCAUGCGUAGACGAACGUGCAAUCGAAGAAGUAGGCGUAAAGGACGUAGCUAAAAUAUUAAAACAGAAUGGAGGAUGGCCAAUGGCGAUGUCUUCCUGGCAGAGAUCUCUUUCGUGGCAAGAAAUUGAUGAAAAUUAUAUUCGCAUUUUGGGUGGACCAACAUUUUUCCGAAUCGGCAUCUUAUCUGGUUAUCUAGAAUCCAAUAUCCAUCAUUUCGUGAUACAACCUAUUGAAACCUUCCUUCCAAGUGAAAUUCUUAAAAAACUACAGGGUGAGAAGAAAGUGAAACAAUACAUCAAUUUUGUCGUCGCGGUUGCUACCGAAUUCGUAAGAAACGACAAUGUCUCCAUUGGAGACAUGAAACGCGAUGUGGAUGAUAUGAUAGCUUUGGAAUAUAAAUUAAACAAGAUCAUAUCCAAUAAAUUUAAAUCGUCCGAUGUUAUAAAAUCAUCCAAAGAAUUCCAAAGCAUCUGGGACAGUAAACGUCACAAAUCUAGUAAAACGGAGAUAAAUUGGAUGAACGUGAUACAUACUAUUUUUACGGAUAGUGGUAUCAAUAUGGGACCUAGCGACAGAUUUUUUAUAUAUGAUAAACAUUAUUUUUAUGGACUGGCAAAUGUAUUGAAGUCAACAUCGACCAGAGUGUUAGUUAAUUAUGUUCACUGGAAAUUUGUUUGUCGUGUGUUGAUGUUUACGAAUUCUUACAUGAGGGAACUUUACGAAACGAUACAACAACAGUUUUUGAGGAGACAAUCAUCACGAACGCGAUCGUUAGACUGUGUUUAUAGAAAUCCUGCUCUAAGUGCAGUGAUGUCUGAAUAUAUAAAGAAGUACGUCCCAGAUCAAUCAAUCAAGAUAGCUACAAAAAUGGUGACCGACUUAAAGAACCAAAUACACUUACAUAUCAGUUCAACUCCGUGGCUGGACGAGAAGGACGUGUCAGCGUUAUUAAUGAAAGUCACAACAAUGCAUACAUUUGUUGGAUAUUUACCUUUUUAUAAGAACACUUCUUCUGUCGACGAAUAUUUCCAAAACCUUAAAAUUGGCUCUAACCACUUCCAGAAUGAACUUCAGUCUAAAAUAUUUAGCAUAAGAAAGAGUUUGCAGAAGCUGAACAAGCCAGUAAAUAAAUUUCCCGAAAGUAAGAUAAUGCCAAAAGGGAUAGUCGAUAUAAACGCAUAUUACCUACGUGAUAUCAACGUUAUAGUCAUACCCUCGGGAAUGCUGCAUCAACCUAUUUUAUUCAACGAUGUGCCAGAAGUCAUCCAAUUUUCUAAACUUGGCGCCAUCGUGGGCCAUGAAUUGUCUCAUGGAUAUGACGAGGAAGGACGUAAAUAUGCGCACAAUGGUUCACACACGGAAUGGUCUGAAAAAUCGAUCGAAGCUUUUACAGAACGAGCGAAAUGUUUUGUUAAUCAAUUCAACAGUUAUAAGUACGAAGAACUGGAAGUAUUAAAUAAUAGAGAGGUCUAUGCCAACGGAAAACAAACUGAGAAAGAAAACAUGGCUGACACGGUUGGUGCUCAAUUGAGUUUUGCAGCUUAUCGCGAUCGGCCAAAUGAAAGGCAUCUUUCGAGGUUACCAGGAUUGGAUGCCUACACGGAUAACCAAUUAUACUUUCUGUCAUUCGCCAACGUAUGGUGCGAGGUGAUGCCUUUGAAAUAUUUGGUCUACUGGGCAAAACUGAAUGCAAUUCAUAGCGUUGCAAAGCAUAGAGUGAUCGGCACGUUGUCGAACAUGAAAGAGUUCGCGACUGCAUUCAAAUGUCCAAAAAACAGCGUCAUGAAUCCGAAAAAAAGAUGUGCCCUAUGGGCGUAAACUAUACUAAAAUUUAAAUUCUAAGUUUGCCAAUAAGUUACUAAGAUUUCUUUAGAAAUAAAGGUGUAUGUCGGUUUAAAUCCGUACAAAAAAUGUAUAUGUUACAAUAAACAUGAUUAGUAUACUAAUUUUUAAAACAUGA